UAUUAAGUUAGUAUAUAUUGUUGAUUGUAUACCCUAAACCAUCAAUACAUUAUACACUAACCACAUAAUCUAUACCCUAAUCAUAUGUCCUUGAGUUGUGAUUUUGCUAGUAUAGUUAAUUUAAAAGUGAAAUUCAUACUUUGAUUUUCAAAAUAUAGAUAAAAAGUGAUAUUUGCUAAUUGUUAUACCCUAACCAUAUAUCCUAUACUUUACACCACAUACCUUGUACCCUAACCACAUACCAUAAACAUAAAUUAAAAAGGGAUCUCCUGCCGUUAAAGACUUCAAAUGACUUCAACCGACUUCAAGUGAACAUAUGUUAAUAAAAAACUUAGAACCAUCUAAACCAUCAAUAUCUUAUACCCUAACCAUAUACACCCUAAACCAUAUGUACCUUAUACCUUAUACCCUAACCAUAUACUUUAUAUCCUAAACAACGAACCGUCAAAGAUUCCUUAUCAAGUUUAGUAUAAAUUGUUGUAACUAAUGGUUAAUUUAUUUAUUAGCCCAUAAAAAAUUACAUACAUAUAUACAUAUUAUCCUUCAAAGCAUAUAAGAAUAAUUUUAACUAGUCAUGCCCUCCAUAUAAAAGUUAAAGAUUGAUAUUUCAAAAGCUAAAAUUAUGAAAAACCAAAAAAUUGAAAACACCAAAUUUGUCUCCUUCUUUCUUUUCACAAAAAUACUAAAAUUUCCCUCCUUCUUUCUCCUUCCAUACAUUAGAAAAACUCAAUUUUCCCUCCUCUUUUUCUUCCAUAAAAUUGAAAGAACCAAAUUACCAGUGUUAUUAAAGCCGAGCCGCUCGGCCCGACCGGUAAAACCGCCACCCGGUCACAAAACCGGCUCGGAACAGUCUAAAAGUCACUCCGGUUUUAUGUAGCGGUUAGCGAGCGGCCGAGGCGGUUAACCGUUCGAGUCGAUCGAGCCGCUCGUCCGGUUUUUUCCAUUCAGCCACUAAAUUUAAUUAAAAAAUUGUAGAAAAUUGAAAUAAACCAAAAACGUCGGGCUCUCAAAUUGAAUCCUUAUUUCCAUUUCACAAUUUCGAAGGAAAGAGAUGAGCUCUGAUUAAGAAAUGUCCACUAUGUAUACUGAUAACGUUUAUUAGAUAUCGGUUCUCUAACGGUUUUUAAACGGUCUAAUGCUGGUUGGACGGCUAAAGUGCGAGCCAUUCGCAUUACCGGGUCAUGCUCCGGUUCUGUUAUGACAACAUUGCAAAUUACCCUCUUCUUUCCUUCUAUAAAAAGUUGAAAAGUCAAAAGUUUCCCUCCUUAUUUCUCUUUCAUAAUCAAAAGAAUCAAACUUUCCCACUUCUUUCUCUUCCCACAUAUCAAAACCACCAACAUUCCCACUUGUUUCUUUUCUAAAAAAUUCAAAGAACCAAAUUUCUCUCUUCUUUCUCUUCCCAAAAACUUGAAUACACCAAAAUUUCCCUCUUCUUUUAAAAACAUCAAAUUACCAAAUACAUUACUUUAUUUAUAUUUAAUUGAUAAUUUUAUUGAAUAGUUAAAUUAACCAAAAUUUUAAUUUAUAUAUUAUAUUAAUAUUGUCAUGAUCUCAAGUGACCUUCAUGUUUUAAUUUUUGUAAUUUUCUUAAAAUACGUAAUAUCAAGUGAGUUUCAUAUUUUUAAAAUUUCUUAUACGGAAUGAAAAACUUUAUUUUGAAAAACUAUGUAUUGUAUAUUUUUAUAAUUAUUCAAGUGGAUUAGAUGAAAUUCGGGUUGAGUCGGUCGGGUUACGGGUUAGUCGGGUUCGGGUCAAUCGGAUUCGGGUUAGUCGGGUUGCGGGUCAAUCGGGUUCGGGUUAAUCGGGUUGCGGGUUAGUCGGAUUGCGGGUUAGUUGGGUUGCGGGUCAAUCGGGUUGUGGGUCGGGCGGGUUACGGGUUGUUGACUUUUAGUCAAUUCGGGUUGCGGGUCGGGUCGAUCGGGCGGGUUAAUCGGGUCGGGCUAUGUUUUGACACCUAUAAACAAGCUUCCCUAGAGUUUCCUUAGACUCGCUCUGAUACGAUAAAGGACACAUGCAUACGUGGUUGAGGGCAUCUAUAUGAAUUUCUCCACUAACUAUGUUUUUAUAUUCUAUCAUUUUGCCAUUGGUUUCUCUUCAGGAAGUGAAUCAGGGAAACACGCGUGGUCAGCCAUAGAUUCAAUUGCUACGUCACAAAGUAAAGUUUGAUAUCGGACGUGUAUUACAUUCAAUGUGCACUCAAUCAUAAAGGAUUCCUUGUUACAAUCCACCCAAUAUGAACACAUAUCCAAUGAUAUUCCAAGUGAAAUAAACAUAGUAUGAUAGAUUCAAACAAUUAUAAUAUAUAAAGAAUCAUGCUUUACAUCAUCUAAGGUACCUCUAGAGUUCACCAACCUAUACAACUAACGAACUAACCACUCAUAAGGACAAAAUCUAAGGAGUACAUCAGUCAAAAUGACAAGAUAUCUAAGAGACUAAAAAUGGCAGUCUAAUGGGGAAAAUGGAGCCUAAUGCGCUAUUGUAGCCACCAUUCUACCCUCGACCCUGCUCAUCGCUUCUAGAAUUGGUGGGGGUGCUCUAUCGCCAAAGUAACCCCUUCUAAAACCUUAAUCUAGAAUGUUGUCCUAUAGGGUCUAUUUAUAGCAUCUUCCUUCAUGUUUUCUAAAAUAUUUAGUAGGAUGGAAAGUCUUCUGGCAGAUUUUCUAACAUAUUUCCAACUUAGCCUCAAAAGAGGGAAAUCAGGGUUGAUUUAGGUCCUCUGUAAAAAGGCGGCCGAGGUGCCAUUUGGGCUAUAGAAGGCUAAAUAGGGGCCCAUUUUAUAGUCUUGGAUUCCAGUUCCAUUUCUAAAUUCCGACAGUUGGACAUUUAUGUCUCUAGCUCGUACAAGGUGUCCACUAAGAUAUUUUGACCUGAAAGCACAAAAAUAUUACCCAAAGGACAUGAAAAGAAUAUUACUCCUAAGUCCUACACAUUACUAAAUACACCUACGAGCAAUUAUCAAAAUAUUCCAAGUUAUUAUGGCAACCAAGAUAUUUCAAUGUGGAUUCUCUGUGAUUCACUUACCCUAAGACACUCAUUCUUGUCUAUUUAACCAUACCUUUGAGACCUAAGCUCUUCACUCCCUUACUCGUCUUCUUCUCUGGCUUUUCAUCUUCUCACCAUCGCCAUGUCUAGCUACAGUUAUGAAACCAAUCUGAAUGAGGUGCUUGAUAACACACAUUUUAUUCAUAUUUUAGACCCCAUUUCUUAGGCGUUUGAAUGCCAUAAUAAUCAUAUAUUUCAUUUUGGGUUGAUUUCAUGUUAUAGAUUAUUAAAUGUGAAUAUCAUAAGAGAACACGAUGUUCAUCGGUUUUUGUCCGGUUGGCUCGUAGCUUGCUCAUUCCUACAAAAUUCUAUACAAUGUUGCAUUUACCUUCAUAAUCUCAAAUCCUAACAUGAUGAGUAACGUGUGUACCAAGUUUCAUGCCAAUCAAAAGUCGUUUGGGAGGUGAAAAGAAGACUCAAGGUCAAACUGUGGCAAAGUUCUUGGUCGAUGUUCACUUUCGUGAACCAUAUUCUUUGGCCGUGAAGGCAAGCAACGACAAGUCAAAAGGCAUCGCGAUCAUGAAGGGCCAAAUCAUGAUUUUGGAGUUCAUAGUCGUGAUUUGUGUUGGCUUCAUAAAGUUCACGGGAUUUGGCCAAAGUUUAUUAUUGUAUGUUAGGGUUGUGCAACGGAGCAGUUCAUACGGAAUUAAACUCAUGAGAAACGUGGUUCCAAUAAUGAAAGACAUCAUAGAACCAAGGACCAGACCAAUAAUGCAUUUUGGUUUGUUCCAAAUGUCAAUUCAGGACAUUCUUACUUAGUAUAAAAUUCAUGUACCAAGGACCGACUCACAUUAUAUUUGGUUUGUUGUGGUUCGGUCCAAACAUCAGUUUGGUAUGAUGCGAUCUGGGCUAAACCCCCUUAAACGUUGUACCUGGGUAAGUAAAACCCUAGCUCAAACAUUUGAUUGAUUAUGGAUGGAAUUGGAAUGAAUUACCCCUAAUUACUUGUUAUGAAUUAUGAUUACUUGAUGUUUGAUUAUGCCAAUCUCCUGUCCUAGUUCGAGUGAUUGAUUCCCUUUUAGGAGAAAGUUGAGAAUGUGUUUUCUCAUAGGGAGAUGUAAAGAAAUAUAACAAAAGACAAAGGAAAAACUUAGCUAAGCACAAAGAUGAAAACCUGAUCUUGCUUACACCAAGGAAAUUGUAGGCUCACCUCAGCAGCCAGGCUCAUUAAGGCCCUCACUGCUUCCAUGAGUAAUCUCACCCCCUUCCAAUCAAUAGUUAUGCUAAGCAAAAUAUCAUCAUUUCUUUCAUGGGCAAUUAGCAUUCUUUGAUCCCAGCAUUCCCUCCAAACAACCGCUUGGAAAUCGAAGAGGCAAAAGGAAACUUGGGUAAACCUAGCCAACUUGUAGCAAGGCGAUGAAGAAUAUCGAAAGAACCAAAAUCCAAGAAAUGAGAGAGUAAAUAAUCACCUCUAUCACAACCAAACAAUCCAAGUUCAUUUUAUUCUCCAUGGGACCUCACCAAACGCCAACUCACACCAAACCUCACGCCAGGAUAGAACAAUAAAACUCGGGCUAUAUGUAAGGUAAAUCAUCCGAGUUUUGUACAGUACAUAUCUGUGCUGAGGGUUUUAUUUUUCCAAUGAGUGGAUCUCGUUAGUAGACAACAUACAAAAAUUUCCCAUUAAGUUCAACAGUUAUAUCUCUUUCAUUUUGAUUUGGAAUUCAAAAAAAUUCACAAAAAUUCAGAUUAACUGUGUUCUUCAAAAUGACAUCUACUUUGAUAUAUUCUUGAACAAAAAUCUUGUAACAUAUAUUACCAAUCUAUAUCAUGGUAGUAAUGCUUGAUAGUACAUAAGAUUAAACCAUGGUUGUAAGAAAGUGUACCACAGUGGUAGAAUGUAAAAUAGUGUAGAAUGUUUGUAUAUAUAAUAGUAGGAAUAUACUAACCAUUAUCCAGAAUCUUUCACCAUCAUUUACCACUCUAUAGUUACCACUUUAUAUCAAGGUGGUACAUUUCGCAAAUAAAUGUUUUCUUUAAAU